CGAAGAAAAUGUCUGGGCUGGUGGACGGAGCCCUAUUGUAGUUUUCGGGCCAUAGAACAGGUCCAUUUUGUAGAGGUAUUUUUGUAAUAAAGGAAAAGGGUGGGGUAAAAGUAAAUUGGACACGAAAACCCCGCGAAAGUGCAAAGCUCCCUCCCCAUUUACUUCUCCAAAGCAAAAAUUUCCCGCCAUUUCUCGCAUCCGCAAAAAGGGAAAGCCUAGAUUGAUAGAAAUCGGCUGAGGGAGAUAGAGGGAGGAUUGAGCCAUGGAAGAGGAGAUCAAAGCAGAGUUCUUGAAAAUCGGGUUCACUCUUGACGACGAAGAAGAGAUACUCAAGAAAUGCCUUACGUUUUGUCAAAAUUACAGUCUCGAGCCUUCCGAUCUCGUCUCAAGCUGGGAGGUUUAUUAUCUCAAUCGACAACUUGAUGAGUCAGUAGUAAAGGAUGCAGAAAUGGAUGGGUUUUUAGGUCACUUGCAGAAUGAACAAGUAGAGACGGCUGUUAAAAAGGAGCCCGGUUUGCAUAUGUACUCUUUUAAAGACGUCGAAAUGAUUUUAGAUGCUGGAGAUGAAGAUACAAAAGAAGUUAUUCUUGGAACUCCAACGGACAAAUCUGAGAAACUUCAUUUGGAUGUUUAUGACUCAGCACAUAAAACAAAUGGGAGCAUUUAUUCUUCUGGGAGGAUAUCAAAACUAGUGACACCAUUUGGGAAGCGAAGUAAUAAAUUUGUGGUGAAAUUCAACAUUGAUAAUCUUCCUACUACGGAGACUGUGAAUGGCAUCCACAAUCAUGAGAAUCUUGAGGAUGACAUUAUUCAAAGGAUUCGACCUCAUAAAAGCUGUUCAUUGGUGGUCCACAGAUCGGGGCCAGAACCAGGUUGCUGGUUCAUGUAUGACAGGAUUGAAGACAGGUUCAAUGCACUUGAAAACCGUAUUAGAAAGCAUGCAGCUGCCCUUGUUGCAUCUAGGCUUUACGAAGAACCAAUGGAUCCAUCAGUUGCGUCACAGAGGAGCAUAUUUGCCAUUGGAAUGAUCUGCUGUGAUGGUGAGGGUCAUUUAAAUGAUAAGUCCAUCUUGUUGCAAAGCAGUGUUGAGCAUUCUGGAGGGCAACAUGUUCGACUAGAAUUAAAUAAGCUGAGCCACUUUUCUGUUUUUCCAGGCCAGGUGGUAGGCAUCAAGGGUCACAAUCCUAGUGGGCAUUGUUUGAUUGCUUCAGAGCUGGUAGAUUCUGUUCCUUUAUCUGUUGCUGCUGAUAUGAAUUUGCCUCGUGCAAAGAAGCAAGCUUUAGAUGAGGAGAUUCAGGCAACAAAUCUUUCCUGCGCACCCACAGAGAUAACAAUGGUUAUUGCUGCUGGUCCAUUCACUACUACAGACAACUUGUUAUUCGAACCUCUGACAGAACUGCUUGCCUAUGCAACCAAAAAGUGUCCGCAGUUGCUUAUACUGUUAGGACCUUUUAUCGAUUCUGAACAUCCACAGAUCAAGAAAGGAACUGUUGACUUGAGUUUUGAUGAAAUAUUCCAAAUGGAGGUUCUUAGAAGGGUGCAAGAUUAUUUGGAAUAUAUGGGACCCGAUGCUCGGGUGGUUACCAUUCCAUCUGUAAGAGAUGCUAAUCAUGAUUUUGUUUUCCCUCAGCCUGCAUUUGAUCUUGAUUCUCUCAACAAUAUACAUCAGAUAACCAGUCUAAAAAAUCCAGGGAUUUUUGAGGCAGAUGAGGUCAAGAUAGGUUGCUGCACAGUAGAUAUUCUCAAACAUCUUAGUGGGGAGGAGAUGUCACGACAUUCAAUGGAUGGAACACCUAGUGAUCGCUUGAGUAGACUUGCCAGUCAUAUUCUUAGCCAACGCAGCUUUUAUCCGCUAUAUCCACCAGCAGAAGGUGUCCCAUUGGAUUUGUCCCUUGCUCCUGAAGCUCUUCAUAUUUCUUCAGUUCCUGAUCUUCUUAUUUUACCUUCAGACAUCAAAUACUUUGUCAAGGUGUUAUCUCUUGGGGGAACAAGUGAAGGUGAAGAACAAAUGAAAAAAUGCGUUUGUAUUAAUCCCGGAAGACUGGCAAAGGGAGAAGGCGGAGGCACCUUUGUAGAGCUCAAAUACCAAGGGAGUUCUGAUAAGAUCAAUGCUUCAAUUGUUGGCAUAUGAGUUUUGAACUGUCUUAAUGCAAGCCAUACCUUAGACAAGUGGUCUUCCUCUUAAGAUGAUUCGAGAAAUGGUAAUGGUCCACCACAUCGGGUUGGAAUCAUAUGCCCCAGGGAAGCAAAGAAGGGAUAGUGGAUUAACAGAUUCGAGUUAUAAAGUACUUAAGUAUAAAGCAAAUCAAUUGCAGAACGAGACAGAAGAGGAGAAUGAGAUGGUAACUUGUCCCUACCACAUUUUAUAUAU